AUGCCAGAUUGGAGCCAUAAUUCUACUUCAUCAUUUAAUCAUCAUGGUAAAAAAAUUACAAUUCGAAAUGAUAAAUACACGUUGGUAAUUAAUGAAAGCGACAAUGUUGUAUUGGGUCACUUUGAUUUCAUGGAAAUCAAAAGUUUUCUUGACAAUGAUCUAGAAGCAGAUUCCCGAAACAAAUUAGAUGGUUUAGAUCGUUUAGCCGAAUUGACAGAAGAACAAGAUGUUAGCGAAAGUGCGAAUGAAGAUGCACAUAAAGCAUCACAAUAUGGCACAGCAAGACAAAGGAGUAAAAGAAUGUUAAUACAGCGCUCAAAAGAAAUUGUUGAACCUGCUCAAACGCCAAAACAGCAAAAGCAAACACAAUUAUUAUCAAGAACUGGUUUAACAUAUAUUGAAGAUACCGAUCGUCUUCGAUGUGAUCAGUGUCAGAUUGAAAUCUCCAAUUUAACGAGCGAUAUGAAUCCAUUUGAUGACCAUGCAAGGCAAAGUCCAACAUGUCCUCUGGUGCAUAAAGUGACUAGUAAGCAACAGCAACACGAAAUUGUAGAAAGUUCUUCCCGAUCUUCCACUGAAAUGGAUUCACAAAAACUUCAGAAAAUUGAAACAUCGACAUGUAUAGGCGAUACAAAACAAAAGCAGCAAACAGAAGGAGAACAAAAGCAGUGUAGUAAAUUUUCUCAAGACUUAUUUGAGACUGAUGCUAUGCGACAAGGACGUGAACGAACUUUUUCUCAUUGGCUCCAUAAUCUCCACUCUAAACGGCAAAUGAUCGAAGCAGGCUUUUUCAGUUGUAACGUUGGUGAUAGAGUCAUUUGUAUUUAUUGCAAUAUUAUGUGUCAACAAUGGACUAUGGAUACCGAUGAUCCGAGCGAAAUUCAUAAAACAUUGAGUCCAAAUUGUUUCUAUGUAAAAUUGAUGUUAAGCAAGAAUGCUUUUACCAACAAUAUUCACAUUUUAAAUGAGGUACGUCAGCAAACUUCACCACUUUUAACAACUGUUAACAGCAUCCAUGCUAAUAACAGUAGCAAAAUCUGUUCUCACGAAAUUGUACUGACGGCUGCGUUCAAUGUAACUUAUGCAGAAAUGCCAAAACGGUAUGCUUCAUUCACUUCAUGGCCUCAAGAGCCGUUACCAUCUGUAGAUGAUUUAGUUAAAGCUGGAUUUUUUUAUUCUGGAAACAAAACGAUCGUUAUUUGUUUUUACUGUAACGGAUCUCUUCAAAAUUGGGGUCAAAAGGAUAAUCCCAUGAUUGAGCACGCUCGAUGGUUUCCGCAAUGCACUUAUGCUCGCCAAUUGUGUGGCGAUGAGUUAUAUAGAAAAAUUCAAGAAUCAAAACGAGUUGCUCGAGAACGAACUGAAGCAAACCAGACAAAUACAUUUUUUCUAUCAGAUAUUAGUGAAAAUUCGAAUAAUACCACUUCAGCAAAUAGAGAUACGCCAGAUAGUCAACAACUAUUGAUCACAGAUGAAGCUGCAUUAUCUCGUCUAGUUGCUGCACGAUUAGAUCUACCUAUUUCACAAGAUUUGUUGAGUAAGAAUUUUAAGUUAUCAAUUAUUAAACGUUGUUACG